GCCUCUAACUAAUAAUGACCACGCCCCCUCUCCUCUUCUCCAAAAAAUGCAUGAUCAGUUUGGAAAUUGAAACUGGUUGGUUCAAAAUCUAACUGACGAUGCACAGAUGUUUAAAUAUUCUUCCGGCCUCACUGCAGAUGUGUAUGGGACUGUGCCUCAAACAGCAUGUCACUGAAGAAGAGAAAAGGGCAAAACUGAAAAACUCACAAAUAGACCUAGACCUCUCCAAACAUGCGGAAACGGAAACUAAUGUUGUAAAGAUUCUUCUUCUUGGGACAGCUGAGAGUGGUAAGAGCACGUUGAUCAAACAAAUAAAGAUAAUCCAUAGUCAGGGUUUUUCUGAACAGGAGCUUCUCAGUUUUAAGCCUGCAGUAUUCGACAACCUCCUCACUUCAAUGAAGUUUGUCCUCCGGGGCAUGGGGAUUCUGAGGAUAAAUCUAUCCAAAAAACAAAACAAGGUGCAUGCCUGUUCGAUCCUGUCGUGCAGCCAGUGUCUGGGAGAGGACCAGGAGCUACUCCCCUUUGUGGCCCAGGCCUUCUGUGCUCUGUGGUCUGACCGUGGAGUCCGGUCUGCUGCAGCCAGAGGUUAUGAGUUUGAGCUCAACGACUCUGCCCUCUACCUCUUUGAAAAUUUGAGUCGAAUCAUCUCUCCCAACUACAUUCCCUCAGAGGCUGAUGUUUUAAGAGUACGGGUACGAACCUGUGGGAUCAUUGAAACACAAUUUCAGGUUAAUGAUUUUGUUUUUCGAUUUUAUGAUGUUGGAGGACAGUGCAGUGAGCGAAGAAAGUGGCUCAACUGUUUCGACUGCAUUGAUGCCAUUUUGUUUGUUGUGGCACUAAGCAGCUAUGAUGGCACACUGACAGGACAGUCAUCAAUGAAUAAGUUACAGCAGAGUCUUGAACUUUUCUCAUCCAUCUGUAACAAUGGGAUUUUUAACAGCACGUCACUGAUUUUGUUCAUGAACAAGGCAGAUCUUUUCCAAGAGAAGAUUUUAAAAUCUGGAAGGCACUUAAAAUUGUACCUGCCUUCAUAUACGGGAGCAGACUGUGAGGUGGAUGCAGCUGCCAAUUACAUCACUACAAUGUUUUCAUCGUGUAACACCAAUACUGACAAACCUGUGUAUCAUCACUUCACAACUGCCACAGACAGUGACACUACACAUGUGGCCUUCCAGAUGCUCACUCAACAGAUUUUAAUGGAAAAUAUUGGUGCUUUCCAUUUGCACUAGAGAUCAGAUUUUUGUUCAGGGUUUUGCAUUAUACACACUAUAGCGUUUUACAAUGUGAUUUUGAUAUUUUAAUAAAAUGUUUUUAAAUCAUU